AUGUCGUUGAGCAGCCAGGCGCUGAGCUGCGUGGAGUGGAGCUCAGGACUGCGGAGGGGAGCAGAGCUGAGCGGCGGGGCGGGCCUGUCCAGGCCAGUGGAGCGGAGACGCUUCUUGAUCGCCGAUGGUGAAGAUAUUCCAGCUUUUUCUAGUUUAAAGGAGGAAACUGCUUACUGGAAGGAACUUCCCUUCAAAUAUAAACAAAGCUUUCGGAAAGCUCGGGAUGAGCUAGUUGAAUUGCAGGAAGGAAGCAGAGAAUUAGAAGCAGAGUUGGAGGCACGGUUAGUACAGACUGAACAUAGAAAUAGAGACUUGAAAGUUGAUAAUGAAAGAUUGAAAUAUGAAAUGGAGGCCUUAAAGGAGAAGCUAGAGCAUCAAUACCCACAGAGCUGCAAGCAGGUCUCAGUAGUAGAAGAUGAUUUAAGUCACACUAGGGCCAUUCAGGAGCAGUUGCCUAAGUAUGUGAGAGAGCCGGAGCAAGCCAAUGACGAGGGCCUGGAGCGAAAAAGGGCAACAAUAGUUUCUACGGAAGACUUUGAACAAAGGCUACGUCAGGCCAUUGAACAAAAUGCAUUUUUAAAAAGUGAACUUGAUGAAAAGGAAUCUUUGUUGGUCUCUGUGCAGAGGUUAAAGGGUGAAGCGAGACAUUUAAGACAAGAGCUAGCAGUUCAGGAAAGACAACAGGAAGUAACCAGAAAGUCAGCUCCUAGUUCUACAACUCUACAAAGUGAAAAGAUGGAUUCUGCUGCCCAAGUGUCACUUUCUUUGCCAGCCACUCCUGUUGAAAAAGGAAUGGGAAAGAGUUUUCCUUCACCAAAAGCUGUACCAAGGUUUGGUACCAGUCCACUAACUCCUCCUGCUAGGAUUAUCAGCACUAAACACCGUGGGCAUCUCUUACGGAAAGCAGGGGCUUUAGAAUAGAAAUGGGCAGCUUGGAGGAAUUUUGCAAAGAACCAAGCAUCACGAAAAUCCUCUAUUUCAGGGAAUGUUAACUGUGAGGUGAUGAAUAGCAAUAGCACAAAGCUCUCGAUGAGGGCAUACAUCUUUCUUCGAUAAACAGUCAACGGCUUUGACCCAGCUCCUCCUCCUCGUCGUCAGCCCUGGCCGCAGACACGACAAGAGGAAUGGCAGAGCAGCAGACGCCCCAGUCCAGGACACCUUGCUUUCGACGACAAGGCAGGGAGCACAGACUGGAGCAGAGGGUGGUACCCAAAGGCUUGCUUGGAAGAUCAGGGCCCCCUGAGGACUCAGAACCCCACGAGCAUCAGCAUUCUUCCUCUGUGCUGUUAUCGUAGUACACUAGUGUUACAAAGAGUGUUAGAGGAGGAUCCUUCCCUGCUCAACUGGGGAGUGAAGACAAUGGAUGUUACGUUCCAAAGAGAGUUAGCUAAGACACGUUGGGGACUUGGAAGCAUUUUGGAAACUCAUUCUCACAGAAUUGCUGGAGAUCCGGAGCCGCAUCCCACGAGCGAGAGCCAGCACCAGGAUUACCUCAGAGCCUUCCCAAACGGGCCACUUCAAGGAGCAAGAGAGCCUGAGAAGCUGGGAGCUGCCAGUGAAUUUCCGAGCUGUGGAGCUGCAGAGGCAGUGAAUCACCACGCCAGUGAGCAACGCUUUGCCCAAGCCAAGCGAGGUCCCCAAAUACAGCGCCUGAUGAGACCACACGUUCCUCUUAAGAGGAAAAGCUCAAACUCUAAGCCUGCCUGGCCAUUUUGGAGUAAAUAA